UUGGGGCGGCGCUGCCUCCUGGCCCGGCUGGGGACCAGCCCCACCCUGCACCAGGCGAUCCCGAUGGCGACGACGGCGCGGGAGGAGAUGCAGAGAUUUUGGGAGAGGAACGAACGCUCCAACAGACCCCUGUCCCCCCAUGUCAGCAUCUACAACUGGGGACGUGUCCCCUGGCAGGGACCCCCAGCAGGGCCUUGGGGACAAUGGCUGGCAAUUCCCACGGUGUCCCCACAGGCCUGGGACCUGGGCAAGGGGCUGAAGCUGGCCCAGGUGACCCAGUCAGGGCUGCUGGUUCUGCUCCUCACCCUGCUCUCCUCUGCCGGCCUGGCCUCCCUGUGAGCCACAAUUCCAG